AUGUCCGUCCCACUGACCACCCAUCUCACGUCCCUCUCGACCCCGCGUCCCUACUCUGCCGCGACCGAGCACGCUUUCCUUACCGCGGCCGGCACCGGUGCCCUCCCCUUACCCCUCCUCUCCCUGUACCUCUCGCAGGACCGCAUCUACGCCGCGCACGCCUACCCGCGCUUCCUCGGCCAGCUCCUCGCGCGCGUCCCGUUCUCCUCCCAGGACGCGCCCGACGCGCCCACAGAGCGUUUCCACGGGGAGAUCGUGGGGGUGCUCGCGGACGCGCUGCAGAACGUGCGCCGCGAGGUCGCGAUGUUCGCGGACGUCGAACGCGCGCACGCGCUAGAGUUUGGGCGGUGGCGCGAGCGCAAGGCGACGCGCGACUAUACGGCGGAGAUGGCGCGCGUGGGCGCGCUGGGCAGCUUCGAGGACGGGCUCGUGUUCCUGUGGGCGAUGGAGCGCGUCUACCUCGAUGCGUGGAACUAUGUUAAGUCGCUGCUGCCUAACGCGACGGCGGGUGCCGGGUCGGCCCUACCCGCCGUCAAGGAGCUCGUUGAGAACUGGACGAACCCCGAGUUCGUGCGCUUCGUGGACGUGCUGGGUGACCUUGUGAACAGGUUAUCCAUCGCGCCAGGUACUCCUGCGUUCCUGCGGGCGGAGGAGAUCUGGGCGAGGGUCGUCGAGCUGGAGGAGGCGUUCUGGCCUGUGGUCGGGGAGGAGUUAGCAGCUCUCUCUGUAUGAAGUGGCCGUUGGGGAGAAGUCAGCCGCUCGCACUUAGUCACCUUACGAGUACAACUAGUAGCAAUUUAAGAAGUGUCC